UCCCCCAAAAACAAUCGAAAUUUAUCAGUUUAUAAAACACGGGAAGAGGGGGAAAGCCAAAAAAAAUGGGAGAAGCCAUUGGCCCAAACCUUAAUUUAUCAUUACGCAAAAGAAGAAGAAAAAAAUUUUCUCCGUCCUUUUGCUUUGAUAGUUGCCAAUACGUUUAAACUAUGAUCCUCGCAAAGAUAUUUUAAUCAGCGUUUUAGAAUCUGAAUCCAACCUCUUUUUUUUUUUUGUUUUAAUGGUAAUGGCGGAUACGGAGAGUUGCAGUAGUAGAGCAGUGGAUUUGGCGCCGAGUCAGAGCCGAAAACAGAGGCAAAAGAUUGAAGUGUACAACGAUGUUCUUUGUCAACUUAGGGACUUGAACAUUGAGGAGGCAACCUUCCCUACCUUUGAAGAUGAACUUUGGGCUCAUUUCUCUAGACUUCCUACUAGGUAUGCAUUUGAUGUAAAUGUGGAGAGGGCACAAGAUGUUCUUAUGCACAAAAGAUUACUUCAGAAGGCACGCGAUCCUGCCAGCGGACAUGCGAUUGAAGUUCGGCUUGUGCAAGUCCAUUCUGCCUCGGAUGGAAAUAGGGUUGAGUUGGGACAUUUGAAGUGUGCAAGGAAAGCUGAUGCUCAGUGUUCCGAUUAUCCCAACAAAAAAAGGGUUCAUCCCCCACCUGCCUUUGGUACAUCAUCUGACCUUGAGUUUGUGAAUGAAGCAAAAAGACGUGUUAAAGAUAUGGGCGUUGUAGUUUAUGCCAAACCCAUUCACUCUAGGCUGAUGCAUGAGAUCACUAUUUCAACAAAUGACAAGCCGAAACUUCUAACGCAGUUGACUUCUUUAUUAUCUGAAGUUGGGCUGAAUAUACAAGAAGCACAUGCUUUUUCCACGACAGAUGGCUAUUCCUUGGAUGUGUUUUUUGUUGAUGGUUGGGCACUUGAGGAGACUGAGCAGCUCAGAAAUGUAUUGGUAAAGGAGAUAUCCAGAGUUGAGCAUUCCCAGUUAAAAUCUCAUGCAAUAUAUCACGUGAGGGAGCUAGAGCAAACUGGAAACAAACUUGUCUCCAGUAAUGUUAACAUACCUCCUAGUGGAAAUGAUGUUUGGGAUAUUGAUACUAGCCUGUUGAAGUAUGAAAGCAAAUUGGCUUCUGGCUCUUAUGGUGAUCUGUAUAUGGGUACUUUCUGUGGUCAAGAUGUAGCUAUCAAAGUUCUAAGGACUGAGCAUCUAAAUGAGAACUUGCGAAGGGAAUUUAUUCAAGAAGUUAAUAUCAUGAGGAAAAUUAGGCACAAGAAUGUUGUUCAAUUCAUCGGUGCAUGUACCAGAUCUCCAAGCCUCUGCAUUUUGACAGAGUUCAUGUCUGGUGGAAGCAUGUAUGACCUUCUGCAUAAACAAAAAUCUGGUUUUAAGCUUCCAUUCUUACUCAAAGUAGCAAUUGAUGUUUCCAAUGGCAUGAGCUACUUGCAUCAAAAUAGAAUAAUGCAUAGGGAUCUGAAAGCUGCCAAUCUUUUGAUGGAUGAAAAUGGAGUUGUCAAGGUAGCUGAUUUUGGUGUUGCUAGGGUGCAAGCUCAGUCAGGUGUGAUGACUGCAGAAACAGGAACAUAUCGUUGGAUGGCUCCAGAGGUGAUUGAACAUAAACCAUAUGAUCACAAAGCUGAUGUUUUCAGUUUCGGAGUUGUGCUAUGGGAACUGCUUACAGGAAAGCUUCCGUAUGAGAAUUUAACCCCCUUACAAGCAGCAUUGGGCGUAGUCCAGAAGGGUCUAAGGCCUGCGAUUCCUAAGCAUACUCACCCGAAAUUUGUUGAACUGCUAGAGAGAUGCUGGCAACGGGAGCCAUCUUUGAGACCUGAAUUCUCUGAAAUUUCAGAUCUUUUGCAAGAAAUAGACAGGAGACAAACAAGGCAAAGUGGAGGGCUAGCAGAAGAAACAAUCAUCACCUAGAAAAUUUGAAACAGCUUUUAGGCAAGGAAGCCAGCAAGAUGGCAAGCCCCCGUGAAUCAUUUUUUUAGUUUAUUAUAUGCUUAGUUAUUUCUAUUUUUCUUUCCUCGUGUGAGACUUAACGCAAUAUUUUCAAAGUAAUGGGUAUCCAUGCAACGUGGCAGCUUAUUAUUGCAAUCUAUAAUUACAUUUUCUCUCUAGUAUUUGCAAUUAAAUGGAGAAACUAGAGAUGCCAUUGCUUGAUAAAUCUACUCGAGUUUAUCAAUGAGAUAUUGUUUCAUAUUUGCCCAAAAAUAGAACUCAAUAUUUGGCGGUUCGACUACACUGCUAGAAGAAUUAGUCCUUGAUGCAGAUGGCUAUAUUAUUUCAUAUACUUAUAGCUGCAUCUGACUGGAGAGGCUUUUUUCUUGAACAAACGAUUAAAAUAUUUAAAGACUUUGACAUUGAAUGUCGCUUACUGCCUCUCGAUGUGAAUGUGCGAAAUAUGCUGACUCUGUUUCACACGGGCUUCGUUCAAAAUGGAGUGCUUGUGCUAGUUGAUUACUCAUGUCACGCAGAACGUAAUUCUUGAAUAAUAUCCGGAGGAUAAGCUGAUAACAUAAAGGCAGUACUUGGCAAAAAAAAGGUUGAAUUCAAGGGUAGCUCCCCAACAAUCUUAAAAGCACUAGACAAAAGGGCAAAUCCAUAUUAGGGAAAAAUUGGAAAGAU